UGUGACGUGGGGAUAACACUAAUUGUAGAACUCUCGAGUUGCAUGCAUGUGUCUUGUAUAUCUAACAGAUUUAUUCUUUUACUAUAGUUUAUAUAUUUUUACUAUUCUCCUCUGUUGUUGUUUUAGUUUUAGUGACUGUUGUUUGUUUGUUUGUUUGUUUUUAAAUUGUUAAAUUAAUAAUGUUUCGAAGUUUACGUUAUUGUGGGCUUAGUGUUAAUAAUCUAACAAUUUUAAGAGGAAAACUUUAUCACAAUAUUUCUGUUAUUGGCACUCAACAAGAUACAAAUUCUUCAACUUAUCAGGAAAAUUAUGCACAAAUGAAAAUAUUGGUUGAUCAAUUGAAGGCGACAACGGAAAAAAUUGUCGAGGGAGGGGGACGUAAGGCAAGGGAGAAGCAUGUAAGCAAAGGGAAAUUAUUACCGCGCGAUAGAAUAAACAUUCUACUCGAUAAAAAUUCUCCAUUUCUUGAAUUUUCCCAAUUAGCUUGCUAUGAGAUGCAUGAAAAUGAAGAUGUACCAGCGGCAGGAAUUAUCACUGGAAUAGGAAGAGUUGAAGGUACUGAAUGUAUGAUAAUAGCAAAUGACGCGACAGUUAAAGGAGGGACUUAUUAUCCUAUGACAGUGAAAAAGCAGUUGCGUGCUCAAGAAAUUGCUCAAGAAAAUAGGCUACCAUGUUUAUAUCUAGUGGACAGCGGUGGAGCUAAUUUGCCUCGACAGGCAGAUGUCUUUCCAGAUAAAAUGCACUUUGGUAGAAGUUUUUACAAUCAGGCAAACAUGAGCGCUGCAGGAAUCGCUCAAAUUGCUGUUGUGAUGGGCAGUUGCACGGCAGGAGGUGCAUACGUGCCGGCAAUGUCAGAUGAGAAUAUAAUUGUCGAUAGGCAGGGAACAAUUUUUCUUGCUGGUCCACCUCUCGUUAAGGCAUCGACCGGAGAAGAAGUAACAGCCGAGGAUUUAGGUGGAGCAUCACUUCAUUGUCGAAACUCAGGGGUAACGGAUCAUUUGGCAGUUGAUGACACUCAUGCACUUCAUCUUGCACGUCGAAUUGUAAAGAAUUUAAAUCGUGAGGGAAAUAUUUCACUAAAACCAGAACAAAAUAUUGAAUUACCAUUACACAAUGUGGAUGAGAUUUAUGGUAUUGUUGGCGCUAAUCUUAAACGUCCAUUUGAUGUUAAAGAAGUAAUUGCAAGAAUUGUUGACGCAUCUGAAUUUCAUGAAUUUAAAUCGGAAUAUGGUCAGACAUUGGUCACUGGAUUUGCAAGAAUUCAUGGCUAUCAAGUGGGAUUUGUCGCUAAUAAUGGUGUACUCUUUUCAGAGAGUGCACUUAAAGGUGCACAUUUUGUUGAACUUUGUGCACAAAGAAAAAUUCCACUUAUUUUCUUGCAGAACAUAACCGGUUUUAUGGUGGGUCGUGACGCUGAAAUUGGUGGAAUAGCAAAAAAUGGAGCAAAAAUGGUGACAGCAGUUGCUUGCGCUCAAGUUCCAAAAAUUACUGUUAUUAUUGGUGGAUCGUAUGGAGCUGGUAAUUAUGGAAUGUGCGGGAGAUCGUAUUCACCGAGAUUUCUUUAUUGUUGGCCAAAUGCAAAAAUUGCAGUGAUGGGUGGUGAACAAGCUGCGGGAGUUUUGGUUCAGGUUAAAAAGGAUCAACGGCUCAGAGAGGGAAAAGAGUGGACACAGGAGGAAGAAGACGCUAUUAAACUUCCAAUUAUUCAAAAAUUCGAGGAAGAAAGUAGUCCUUAUUACUCUAGUGCAAGACUCUGGGAUGAUGGAGUGAUUGAUCCAGUGGAUACAAGAACAGUUUUGGCACUAAGUCUCUCCGCCGCUCUCAACGCUCCAAUACCAGACACGAAAUUUGGCAUUUUUAGAAUGUAAAUAAUAAGAACAAAAUGAAAUAUUAUUUUUUUAAUAAUAAUAAUAAUAAUAUAUAAUUUUUAUAUAUUUUUUUCGCAUCUAUAAGUGCGACGCCUGUUACUUUGUUACAUGUUUGGACAAAGAUUUAUAUAUAUUUGUUUUUUUACUCGAUGUUGGAAACAUUCCAGAAAUAUACAUUUUUUAUAACGGAA